CUCUGGUGUAGUGGAGUUCUUCGUCUCGGGUUCGUUGUUGAUCUCAUCCCAGUUUAGUCAUCGAUCCCAUUGUUCGUGAUACGCUAUAGCACUCGAACGAUUGAGUUGGGUGCACCCUGCCAUCAUGGCGAGACGUCACACUCCACACCGUUCUCCGCUCCGCAUUCUCUGUCCUACCCAGCUUACUUCUGUCAACUACGCCCCUUCCAUUCCUCUAUUACCUUCAUAUAAAGAGGUCGGUUGAACAGAGUUGGAAAUUUUGAAUUCAAAAUCCAACAACCCCAAUUCACUUCGACUCUCAAGCAUCAAUCAUGAAGGUUGCAAUCGUCGGGGCCACAGGCGAGACAGGGUCUUCCAUUGUCAACGGGCUGCUCGAGUCCACGGAGCCAAAAUAUGAGAUAACAGCCUUGACUCGGCCGGCGUCUUUGCAGAAGCCUGAAGUCCUUGAACUGGGGACUCGAGGCGUCAGCGUAAUUGCGGCAGACCUUGCUGGACCAGAGGAGGACCUCGUGAAGCUGUUGACGGGGAUCGACACAGUUAUUGCGGCGGUCGAUGCAUCUGGCUUUAUGGAUCAGAUUCCCCUCGCAAACGCGGCUAAGUCUGCAGGUGUCAAGCGGUUCAUUCCAUGUUUCUUCGCAACAGUCGCACCUUCUGGGGGAAUCCUGAAGCUGCGCGAUACCAAGGAAGAAGUUCUGAAUCAUGUCAAGAAACUCCACCUCCCCUACACCGUCAUUGAUAUUGGCUGGUGGUUCCAGCUGACGCUUCCACGUCUCCCAUCGGGACGUAUCGACUACGCCCUCAUUAUGCCAGGAAAUACCAUUGCUGGAGACGGGGAUGUGCGCACUGCCUUGACUGAUAUCAGAGACGUCGGGCGAUAUGUGGCGCAUAUAAUCUCCGACCCAAGGACUGUGAACAAAAUGGUCUUUUCGUACACUGAGCUUCUGUCCCAAAAUGAAGUCUUCCAACUCCUGGAGAAGCUCAGUGGAGAGUCGAUUGAUCGGACCUACAUUUCUAAAGAUGCCAUUGAAAAUGGCAUUGCCGAAGCUGGAACUGCAUCAUUCUCUGACCCAAGCUCUUACGCGCGUAUAUCGCAGUUGCAAUAUUUGAAUUCGCGGUACAUUCGUGGUGAUAACACUCCGGAGUAUGCCCGUUUCCUGGGGUAUCUAGAUGCGAAGGAGUUGUACCCUGAGCUUGCAGGAACCACGCUAGAGGCAUAUUGUCAAGAGGUUCUUAACGGGACCGCACGGGGUGUUUAUGAGAGGCGCAGGGCUGCGGCUGCAGCGGCCGCGCAGAAAAAGGAUGCAGCUUAAAUAUUUGAAUAUAUUGCGGGUCGAGGCUCUGUCACUAAUUGAUACUAAGUACCCUGAUCCUCGAUUGAUAUAGUUGACACCUUAAGAGAAUUCCGAAAGCGAUACAUCCCGAGGG